AGAGACAUUAGAGGUGGCGCAAAUUAAGCUUUAUUGUUCAGGAACGGCAGGAAGCGGCAGUAUUGUAAGAAGGAAGUCAGCAGGUAAUGAAGCGGCACGAGAACCAAUCUGAAAAUUACGAAACCGGUUAUUAUUAUUAAGUCUUGCUUAAAUAUCGGCCAUAGCGAAUCGAACCAGGCGAUUAUUAUUGCAUGCGCUAGUUUAAUUAUUCCCCUCGCAUUAAAUAGUUAAUCAAUUAAUUCGGAAACGUGAUCUCGAACGUUCUCCAACUAUCGGUCGAUUCUAUUAUACAAUUGGAGAUCAUUAACGUACUCCCUAAUUUUUUCUUGUCGCAUUUUUUUCAUUUUCUUUUCGUUAAAUAUCUUAUUUUUAGAGAAAAUAGCAAUUUAGAUACAAUUUUUGUCGAAAAUAGCAAUUUAUUGUUAAUACUGCUGCCGCCGUCCGUAGUCAUGGUUCUCUGAGCUGGCGUAAGCGUGCAUUUAAACGCACUUUUUCCAGGUAAAGAUAACAGACACAGGUCGAGCUGCGCUUAAGCGAAAAUGGAAAAUGACAUGUAAAUCGGAUCAGAAACGGCGCCUAGCCUUCGCUCGUAUGCAUAUACAGGGUAUAAUUGACAUCGCGCAGCCACUUGCUCAGCGAAGGUCAUCCGAAAUGUACUGCAUGCGCGCACAAAGGAGACUGGAACAAGGCAGGAAACAGUAUAUCUCUCAGCGGAGUUGUGAUAUUCCAGUAAACUGCUAUAAAUACAUUUCUGAAAAAUAUUAAAAAUAACCGAGUAUUAAAAAUAAGUAUUAAUCCAGACAAUAAGACGCAUGCUUUCAAGAAACGAUACGUGAUCCCUCUAAUCAUUCAUUGCCGUAAUCAAUCUGAUGAACGUUCGACUGUGAUCUCGCGACCAUCCGCUCGCGAGGUCGAUCUAAUCCGGGGAGAGACGGCAGUCAACAUCCGGGGACUGGUGAAGCCGGAGGAAACCGGGUUCUUCUUAUCUGGCCCGCCACCCACUGCAAAAUAAAAUGCCCCUCUUCCUCCACCUCGUUCUCUGUAUUACCCUCUCCCCCGUCGAUUACGUGUGACUAUACACGCGUGCACACACACAUCGUGCACACGCACGUACAUACAUCAAGUCGUGCAUUAAAUCGUGCUCGCACACGCCGUGCGCUCUCUCGCGGUCGCUCGCUCGCUUUCUUGUUCGCGCCUCGUUCGCCGCGAGUAGAUUCGAGAUUUCAGCCGCAGUCGCAGACGCUCGGUGCCCAUGGUCAGAUCGGCGGGGGCCCGGGCACGAGGAAAGAGAGAAAGAAACAAAGAGAGAAAGAGAGAGAUCUCCCGUGCCGCGAGAUCACUGCGUCGAUCGCGCUUGAGAUCGAUCGAUCGCAUCGCGCCGGCGGAAACCCUCCUAUCUCCCCGAGUCACGUCCGGCCGGGAAAACCCCCCCUGGACGAGACGCGGCGUGCGCGCGUGAAUUGGAUAAUCCGAGAACGAACGGACGCGAUUAUCCAACGUUCCAUCGAUCGUCCGAAUCGCGAUCUAUAGCACAACCUCGACAUCCCCCGUGCGAAAGGGAGAGGAACGAGCACCGAGGAUCCUGAGGAGAGUGACGAGAUAGGGGACCAAAGUCCGGAACGGAGUGCCCUGACAUCCGGUUUAUUAUCGAUCGAUCGAGGGCCGGCAGACAGCUCGGGAGAUGGAUGCAGCCGCGAAAGAUCGCUGACGAGAUUUCGUUGCGUAGAUCGAUCGGUACGUUCGUGCGCGUGAUGGCUCACUAUGUGCGCGUGUGAGUAAAAUAACGUGAUAGUCGGAUGAUCCGUACUCAAUCGCAGGGCGAUCGAAGUUGCGUGACAUCGAUAGGAAGAUCCGAAGGUUUGGUAACGCUUUUGUUGGACGACGUCCCCAAGUGCCGGAUCGACGAGAACCAUUGGGAUUGUUGGGCUGUUUGAAGAGAAUCAAUAAUGAUGAUUGUUGAUACUUUGAAUCCUAACUCGUGUUAAAUCCAUAUGACGCUCCAUCGCUGCGAAGUUCCUGAUAAAUCAGCUGAGAAGAGGAAAAUGGGAAGACAUUAAAGUGUUUAGGUAUCACUGACCCAGGCUGCCGCCUAGACAUGUGGCCACGCACGCGGCUGUUUUUCCUGGCGUGGAUGCUCGCGCUGCUGAUCAGCAGCCGCGUCGCCAGGUCGCAGCGGCCGCGGCUCGGCGGCGCCGUCAACGUCUUCAGCCGCUACGGCUACCUGAGCAUCAGCAUGCGGGUGGUGCCACGUAACGACACGGAGACAUGGAUAUUUCGCGAGCCUACCCUCGACGUCUUCAAAAACACCACGCCAAUGCCGCCGAAGCAACGUCAGCAGGGCAAGACCAGCUCCGCCGUCUUCGAGGGCGACUUCCACAUGGAGUUUUGCGACAAUAUCAGACAGCUCCUGCAGGCGUAUUUCCGUGACUUCACUUUCGAGAGGCUUGAGAGGCCCUGGCGCGCCUUCACCGGAAGCUGGUCGAAGGUGGCCAUAGCCAGGCACCUCGGUAUAAACUCGUCCUUUAUCACGGGCGAUCAUUGUUACGUUCUAGUGCGAGUUGCCAGGUUUCACGAUAAUCAGCGACUGGCCGGUACCGCCGAGAACCUCGCCCUCGACGACUCCGUGCUGCGGCAAACGGAGAACGUCACGGUGGGCGAUACCGCGAGUGUCGUGCGAUUCAUCAGGAACUUUGGCUCGCACUACAUCGCAUCCUACAUCACGGGAAACUCGCUCUAUCAAGUUUUCGUCUACACACCGCAGGUCUACUCGAAAAUAAAGGAACGCCUGAAGACGCGCGGAGUAGCUGAACUCUCGAAUCUUGAGCUGAGCAAUUACUUCUCGCCAUGGUACGCGGAGCAUUUGGGCUCUAUACAGUCAGCAAGUGGCAAUCGCAGCGUGGAGGCGUGGGCGGUGCAGCACCUCCGGGUAAAGUAUUACAUCUUCACGUAUGCCAGUCUGUUGAAGUUGCACGGCGAUACCACGCUGCUGCGACAACUGGACGGCCUGCUGGGUGACGAGGCGCUACUGCAAUUGCAACUGCGAACGUUGGCGUCCGCCUUCAAGGAUCCAAAGAGACGUGAGUGGUUCCUCGAGGUGAUCGACAACUACUUCAAGCUCUGGGAGGUGAACAUGUGACACUGCGUGGAUACGCAAAUGACAAUUCUUUUUUUCUUCGCCGGCGUUCACUGGUUUCUGAAUGAUCGCAAUGUUGGGAAGUGAUCCAGCAAAGCGCCCACGGUUCACCAUGACGCUAAUUAUAUAGGUUCCUGCCGAACGAACAUAUCGUUCCGCCACACGUAUAUACACAAACAAUAUUACGCGAGAACUGGCAAACUGUCGUUAUUGUUAUAAAUAAGUAUUUAUUAUUGUAAUCACAUUAGUAAAAAAAACACGUCUUUAUACAGAUAUUAUAUAUAUAUAUAUAUAUAUAUAUCACAAGCAUUAUUCGUACAAACUGAGACUGAAGAACGGUGUGUGUGACGCGAGUUUCUUUACUCGAAAAAAAAUCGACGAUCUACUGACGCAAAAUGGAGAUGGCUUAUCUCAGAUAUAAGAAACUAUAUUUCUGCGUUUUCUCUAUUUGACUUGAUAUGCAUUCUUUCGUGCAGAAAGAUGGAAAGCAAAUGAGAUCGUUUACUCUGAGUACGAAUUUAUAUAUAAUUAUCGUAAGUCUUGUAAGAUUUGUUUUGUUUUUUGUAAACGGAGAACCGUGAUAUGUUCUCUCAUGCGUUUUCCGAAUUGUUCAUGAUAAAGAAUUAUCUACUCGCGACUUUUACCGCGAAUGUGGACCGAUAUUAUAGGAGAUCGUACGUUCCGCGCAACAAAUUGCAAUGUUUUUUUUUAUAUUAUAGCAUAAGCGAAAUAGGAAAAACUGAAAACGCUACGGAAUGCCAUAUUAACGUAGAAAUUUAGCCUAUCAUCUUUUAAUACUGAUCAAGUAUUUGAACAAGUGCACUUUCAUACGCGACGUGCCAAAAGCAGAACAAAUAUAUUUCGAUUGGCAAAUUUAUUAGAAACAAAUAGCAUGAUGGAUAACGAUAUCGCGACAAUGGACUUCCCAAUAAUUAACAUCAACAAAUUGUAUAUAAUUAUGAUAUAUAUGAAAUGGAAAUCUGUAUGCUCGCCUCCUGUACUGUUGCGAUCUCUUUUGUACAAUUUCAUUGUUACAUGACGUAUUAUUAAAUACCAAACAACAAUAC